AUGGUCGGUGAGCAAGAGAAUGAAGGUUCGGUGACGACUGGCAGACAAGACUGCACACCUGUCAUCUCGCUCGACCACGAUGUACGAUGCAGAACUGCUGCUCUACCGGCAGACCAAGAACCAGGACCAUCGACACCAAUCAUCUCUACGAAGGACGAAGUCAUCGUUGAAACUAGUGAUGGAAGUUUGUUUCUACUAAGUCGUUGUCGAUUAGCAUCUGAAUCGCUCUUCUUCCGCGCACUGUUUCACGGUUCAUACUUAGAAUCCAAGUCCAGCCGAGUGAGAUUGACUUGUGUAAAUUCGUCCGAUUUUCGGGCGUGCCUUUCACUAACUGCCCAUAUGUACAAUGGCACGACGCCAAAGUUCUCAGCAGAAGCUGCAAUGAAUGUCAGUGAACACUUCGUUUGGUACACUUGCCAUCUUACUCAUCACUGUUGA